AUGGGAACUCAACAAUGUGAUUUGUCUGAAAAAACAACUCAGAUUGGCUCUGAGUGUUUAGACAACGAACAGAGAGUACUUGGUACCGUGGUAACCGAUUCUGUUGUUGAUGAAAAAACAGUUCGGAUUGGUUCUGAGUGUUUAGACAGUGAACAGAGAGUACUUGGUACUGUGGUAACCGAUUCUGUUAUUGAUGAAAAAACAGUUCAGAUUGGGUCGGAUGGUUCUGUUAUUGAUGAAAAAACAGUUCAGAUCGGUUCUGAGUGUUUAGAAAACGAACAGAGAGUACUUGGUACCGUGGCAACCGAUUCUGCUAUUGAUGAAAAAUCAAAUCAAGUUUUGGUGAAUAUGACUGAGAGCUCUGUUAUUCAACUGCCUGAACCCUCUGAGCAAAUCCCUGUUUGCUUAUCUGAUGACAAAUCGGAAAACAAAUGUGUUCAAGAUGUUCAAAAUAAACCUGGGGAAAAGACUGAUGUAGUAACUUCUCCUGUUGUUGAAGAACAAACACAGCCUGUUCUUGCUCAAGUGAACUUGAAAUCUGCGAAUAAGCCAUCGGAUCCACUUACUGGAGAUGGGGUGAAAAAUAUUAGUCUUCCAAAUGAGCCUGGUGAAAUGAGUGAUGCAGUAACGUCCCUUGUUGUUGAAGAACAAACACAACCGGUUCCUGCUCAAGUGAACUCGGAUUAUGCGAAUAAGCCAUCGAAUCCACCUUCUGGAGAUGGUGUGAAAGAUAUUAGUCUUCCAAAUGAGUCUGAUGAAACGAGUGUUGCAGUAACUUCCCUUGUUGUUGAAGAACAAACACAACCCGUUCCUGCUCAAGUGAACUUGGAUUCUGCGAAUAAACCAUCGGAUCCACCUACUGGAGAUGGUGUGAAAGAUAGUAGUCUUCCAAAUGAGCCCGGUGAAAUGAGUGAUGCAGUAACUUCCCUUGUUGAAGAACAAACACAACCUGAUCCUGCUCAAGUGAACUCAGAUUCUGCGAAUAAGCCAUCGGAUCCACCUUCUGGAGAUGCUGUGAAAGAUAUUAGUCUUCCAAAUGAGCCUGGUGAAACGAGUGGUACAGUAACUGGCCCUGUUGAAGACCAAACACAAUCCGUUCUUGCUCAAGUGGAUGCAGAUUCUUUGAAUGAGGUACUGAAUCCACCUUCUGGAGAUGUUGCUAAAAAUGUUAGCUCUGAUUGUUCAGAAGGAAAGUCUAAAAGCUUAGCUCGUUCAAGAUCGAGACACGUGGGUAAAACUAACUCCAAACCACCGAAGAAGAAGAAGUAUAUAUUGAGGUCGUUGGGAAGUGAUAGGGCUCUGCGGUCAAGAGAUAAUAAACCUAAAGCUCCUGAACCAAUUAACAAUGUUGUUGAUGUUAACAAUGAUGAAACAAAGACAAAAAAAGAGAAGAAGAAAAAGAAAAAGGCAAGAAAAGAGGGAAUUAAUGAUCAAUUUUCUAGAAUCAGAGCUCAAUUGAGAUAUUAUUUAAACCGAAUGGGCUACGAGCAGAACUUGAUCGAUGCUUAUUCUGGUGAGGGCUGGAAAGGAAGCAGUUUGGAAAAAUUAAAGCCCGAGAAGGAGAUUCAACGGGCUAAGUCUGAAAUUCUUCGACGUAAAUUAAAAAUUAGGGAUCUAUUUCAAAAUUUGGAUUCAUUGUGUGCUGAAGGAAAGCUUCCUGAAUCAUUGUUUGAUUCCGAGGGGGAGAUUGAUAGUGAGGAUAUAUUCUGUGCAAAGUGCCAGACCAAAGUGCUGGGCACUAAUAAUGAUAUAAUUCUUUGUGAUGGUGCUUGUGACCGUGGAUAUCACCAGCUCUGUUUGGAUCCUCCGUUGUUAACUGAAGACAUUCCACCUGGCGACGAGGGUUGGUUAUGCCCAGGAUGUGAUUGCAAAGAUGACUGCAUCGAUAUUGUUAAUGACUUGUUAGGGACAAGUCUCUCUCUUACUGACACUUGGGAGAGGGUUUUCCCCGAAGCAGCUACAGCUGCUGGAAGUAUCUUGGAUAACAACCUGGGACUUCCUUCAGACGAUUCUGAUGACGAUGAUUAUAAUCCUAAUGGUCCAGAGGAUGUGGAGGUUGAAGGAGGUGAAUCUAGUUCUGACGAAUCUGAGUAUGUUUCUGCUUCUGAGAAAUUAGAGGAGACGGGUCAUGAGGAUCAAUACAUGGGUCUUCCUUCUGAAGAUUCAGAUGAUGAUGAUUAUGAUCCUGAUGCUCCAAAUCUUGGUGGUAAAGCCACUGAAGAAAGUUCAAACUCUGAUUUCACGUCUGACUCUGAGGAUCUUGCUGCUACAAUUAAGGAUAACAUGUCCGUUGAACAAGAUGGUGAUGUCACAUCUGCAUUGUUGGAUAAUGUUAAGAACAAAGGUUCCAAUAAACAAAACCGCAAGAAGCCAUCUCUAGCUGACGAACUGUCAUCUUUAGUGGAGCCAGAUCUCGGUGAAGAAGAUUUGACUCUGGCUUCUGGGAAAAGAAAUGUGGAAAGGUUGGACUACCAAAAGCUGUAUGAAGAGACAUACCACAGUGAAACUAGUGAUGAUGAAGAUUGGGCUGCCACCGAUGCUCCAAGUAGAAAAAAGAAACUAACUGGCAAAAUUACUCCAGUGUCACCUAAUGGAAGUGCCUCAAAUAAUUCCAAACGUUCUGCUAAGAGGAACACCUGUCAGCAUAAAGUUAAAAAUACAACUAAUUCACCCACCAAAACACUUGAAGGAUGCACGGAAUCUGGUUCCAGGGGUAAAAAGCGCGGAUCUCCAUACAAAAAACUUGGAGAAGCUGCUGUUCAGAGGCUUUACAAAUCGUUCAAAGAAAAUCAAUAUCCCGAACGAGCCACAAAAGAAAGCUUGGCGCAAGAAAUUGGACUCACAUUUCAUCAGGUUGACAAAUGGUUUGGAAAUUCUCGAUGGAGCUUCCGAAAUUCACCACAUAUGAAAGCAAGUCCAGGUAGUAAUGCUUCACAGCAGGCCACUGACAGCGAGGCUGAAAAUAAAGGAGAGAUGGGUAAUGCUUCACAGCAGGUCACUGACAAUGGAGCCGAAAAUAAAGGAGAAAAGGAACAUGAAUUGGUUUCCCAGGAGACUAUUAGAGAAAAAUCAAGAACCCCGAGGUCUAAGAAAAGGAAGCAGCAGGCCACUGAUAGCAAAGCUGAAAAGAAAGGAGAGACGGGUAAUGCUUCACAGCAGGUCACUGACAAUGGAGCUGAAAAUGAAGGAGAGAAGGAACCUGGAUUAGUUUCCCAGAAGACUAUUGGAGAAAAAUCAAGAACCCCGAGUUCUAAGAAAAAGAAGCAGCAGGCCACUGAUAGCAAAGCUGAAAAGAAAGGAGAGACGGGUAAUGCUUCACAGCAGGUCACUGACAAUGGAGCCGAAAAUGAAGGAGAGAAGGAACCUGGAUUAGUUUCCCAGAAGACUAUUGGAGAAAAAUCAAGAACCCCGAGUUCUAAGAAAAAGAAGCAGCAGGGCAGUGACAGUGGAGCUGGAAAGAAAGGAGAGAGUUCUAAGAAAAGGAAGCAGCAGGGCAGUGACAGUGGAGCUGGAAAGAAAGGAGAGAGUUCUAAGAAAAGGAAGCAGCAGGCCACUGACAGUGAAACGGGUAAUGCUUCACAGCAGGUCACCGACAAUGGAGCAGAAAAUAAAGGAGAGAAGGAAUCUGGAUUAGUUUCCCAGAAGACUAUUGGAGAAAAAUCAAGAACCCCAAGGUCUAAGAAAAGGAAGCAAUUGUCUGAGCCGCAGGCAAAUAAAGCAGGGUUGGCCCCUAAUGACCCAACCCCACCGAAAGUUGAUACAGGCAAGAAAACAAAGAAAAAGAAAGGGAAAUGA